GCAUAUUAAAUUACAAAGGAUACGAUUGUUUAAUAGAUACAGCUUUUAAUUAGGCUACCCCGGCGUUCUAAAGGCCCUUGACAGACGUAUCUCGUACCCAGAGUGUGCUAGAAGGCUAGAGAGAAAGAGAUCUAGGCUUAGGGAAUGACUUCCAGGUUAAGAGAUGCUAAGCAGAUCUACGAGUGUUUUGUGGAGCUGAGUAGUCCCACUGACUCCACCGAGGCUCAGAUACUCAAUGUCUACCCCAAGGACUACGAGUGGGAGGAGGAUACAAAGAAACAGAUACCAAAGUUCACCUUCCCCACUCGGACCUCCAAUGAGACGGAGGAGCACUUCACGUUUGUCCUGACUGAUCUUGAGGGUCGCUAUCGGUUUGGAUUCUGUCGAUAUCCUCCCAAUAGAGAGAUGUGUAUCUGCAUCAUCAGUGACUUCCCCUGGUACAAGGUGUUCUAUCGCUCCCUGGACAAGAUCUCUGACCUUCGACUGGACCAUCAAGAUGAGCUGGUAGAGCCGUUCCUAGCUGGACUACGGAAACACCCCCUCCCCUCCCUGGGCAUGGACACUGUACUCAGUGUGGUGCCUGAGGGCAUAGAGACUGGUCAGGUGUACACAUUUCCUCUGCCCAAUCCCAAGAAGUUACCAGAGAUCCCCACUGACGAUAACUUCACUCAGUUCUACUCCAACCUUCACUACAAUGUCAUCCUGCACCUGUUCUCAAACCUGAUAUUUGAACGAAGAAUCAUCAUCACCUCCAGUAGUCUAAGCCUGCUAUCUGCCACUGUACACGGAGUGGUGUCCCUCAUAUAUCCACUGCGUUGGGAGCACAUCUUCAUCCCGAUCACCCCUCCUCACCUACUGGACUACUGUGCUGCCCCCAUGCCCUUCCUCAUGGGAAUACACUCUUCAUACAUGGACCUGGUACGGCGGAUGCCCAUUGACGACGUGGUUCUGUUGGAUGUUGACGAGAGUACAAUGGAGUCUCCUCAUGUGGAGGACCUGGAAGCCCUACCCUCGGAGGUGGUGUCUGAGCUCAAGCAUGUCCUCAAGAAACAAGCCUCAGCGUAUGGGGACACUGUGGCGAGGUCCUUCCUCAGGGCACAGGUGUCCAUGAUUGGAGGAUACCGGAGUGCCCUCAAGCUGAGACCAGGGGAGAAAGAUGUUCACUUUGAUGAGGAACAGUUCCUGCAGUCUCGUCCCAACUCUGAGGAGUUUCUGGAGAAGCUGCUCCAUUUCCAACACUUCCGCCAGUUCAUGAACCACAAGAUAGACAAGCUCAAGACGAGGAGCCUCGAGAGAGACAGGUUCGACGAGGAGGUCAUGAUGUUCGAGGAAAGCACUGAUAAGUACAAGGUGAAUUUUGAGAAGUUCAUCAGCUCAACAGUGAAACUCGGCGGCCAAAUAAAAGAAAGUGGACGCAAAAUGAGAAAAAAGGCAAAGAUCGUAUGGAAGAGACUGGACUCCAAGCACCAACAUCAUGGUCAUCCUUUGCCUCAUGGGAAGACUCACUCGCUGCCCAUGAAUAAGAGAGCCAGUGAGGGGGGAAUCCCUCGACCCAUGGUCAUGACCCCACCCCCUGUCCUCACCGGACCAUCACUCGGCAAGGUCCACCGCAAGCCUCCCUCAGUGAUCCCCUACCACAGACACAAAGAGGGCAAACAAAAACUGGCCGAGAUACUCAAACUACAAAACUUUGGAGAGCCUAAGACAGGCAAUCUUGUCACCCCACCGGGAACACCAAGGUCUGUUGCCAGUGGCGACCAGUCAGAACGAGUAUCGCUUGACAGCAGGGGCUCAACAGACAUCAGCAUACAGUCUGGGGAGGUCGCCAUUGGAAACCUUAUAGACAUCUCAUCAUCACCAACCUCUGUGCUUCUGCCCCAGUCUGACACUGACUCAGUAUCCUCGGCUAGCACCAGUGAUAAUGACAUCCCCAUCAUUAUCAAUUCACAGCCACAUUGGGAGACCUUUGAUGAUCUGGACACACAAUGCCCACCACCGCCACCUCCCCGGGAAGAACUGCAAAAGCCACUGGAGACACCAGAAAUAAGUCUGGAGCAAUCAACCACUCCUGUCAAUCUGCUGUCAGAGUCUCUAGGCAGUAACAAUCCUUUCGGUGAUUUCGAUUAUGAGGCUUCCCCUGACGGUCCUCAGAUUCAGUCAGAAUUGAUUUUUAACUUGACAGAGUCGAACCUCGAUAAUGGGAAAGCAAGGACUGGGGAAAUAGACCGGCAAGGCGGACCCUCACCGUUUGAGUCGCUUCAUUUGGGUGCAAGACCCGUGUCCCCAUUCGACGAUUUCAGCUCCUCUGUUGCUCAGGCCCUCAUGACCAAUUCUCAAACAUUUGAAGACCCCUCAGCAGUCAACGCUCUAAUAAACACAAGCCAAGAUCUGUCGACAGUUAUCGAAGAAGAUGAAAACAAUCUGAUUCUUUCGAAUGCAUCGGCUCUGAUUGAAACCCAGUCCCCUGAGUUACCACAACCUCUUAUUCCCACUACCACAACAGCAGCCACUACACAAGAUAUUACAACAGAACUGAUACGCAGUCAAGCAGAGACAAACCUACAUGUACGAAAGGGCAGUGCUCCUGGAAUGAGUUCAGCCAUUGCUAGCCCCUACGGCUAUAAUCGUGGAUCCUCCAAUUCUCCCAAUUUCCAAAUGCAGGCUUCUGGUAUACAGGGCACACACACACAGUACUCUAAUCCAUUCUACAACUAUGGAUACCAACACAUGACCUACAGUAGCAAAGACUUGAAGAGACCCGCUGGACCAAGAUCUCCGAAGUUUGCUCAAGAUAUUCCAUUAUCCAUACCACAAGUACCACUGAACUAUCAAAAGAAACGGCUACCACCGCCGCCCAAACCACAGCCUUACUCGAGAGCACAAGCAACACAGUCGGGAGUGAACAAAGAUGAUCCUCUGUUGCAAAGAUUGUCAAGUAUUGGAGAAUUUAACCCAUUUGAGAAUAUACUGGGAAACAUAGGAAUGGAAGAUUAUGUUAAAAGAAAUACAAACAAAGAGACACCUCUAGUAUGAUAGGACAUGCAGCUUUAGUGAGUGGAGUGAUUUGCAUUUUCAACCUUUUUAUUGCUCGUGUAUUCGUCGUGUGGUGCAUAGUUUGUGUUUUCCUUCAA